AACAGUGCGCAGGCUUGAGCGUUUACUACUCUACUCCUGUCCAGAGUCCAUACUCCACUCCUUGUAUAUCUCUUUAUCCUGUGUUUGUCUGUGACUGAGGAGAACACCUGUAUUCGGAAAUGGUGAAAAGCUCUCCUCUAUCUCUUUCUCAAAAAGCAACUGAUAUGUUGGUAUCUGUCAUCAAACUCCUCUCAAUAAUUGUGUUACUGGGCUAUCUCAUUUUGUGGGUUUUGAUGCCAACUAAAAUAUACCGGCAUCAAUUAUUCCCUCGUGUCAGAAACAAACUCGAUUCUGCUUUCUUUGGCAUACAGGGUAUAAUGCUUUUGCUAUACUUUUUUCCGAUUCUCUUUGUUGCUGUCCUGGGUUGUGUUUAUCUCCAUCUGCUAAAGAAGAGAUCGAGUAACGAACAAUUCGAAAGCAUACCCACGCACUUCAACAAAUACAGCGGCAAUGGCAGAAAACAUGCAGUGGGGGCGUGGAAGAAGCCGAUGAUAGUCAAAGAUCCUUUAGGAAUCGUUUCAGGAAUAGAGUUGGCGUUCUUAAUAAUGUUCACUGCUCUUGUAAUUUGGUCUUUCGCAACUUAUUUACGCAACAGUUUCGCUACUAUCACUCCACAGUCAGCUGCCGAGAAUGGACAGAAAGUAUGGGAAGCGAAAUUGGAGAGCUCAGCCUUGAGACUAGCACUGGCAGGGAACAUGUGUCUGACGUUUCUUUUCUUUCCGGUGGCGCGUGGGUCGUCGGUGCUUCCACUAUUUGGACUGACGUUUGAAGGUAGCAUAAAGUAUCAUAUAUGGCUUGGGCAUAUGGUUAUGGCCUUCUUUACUGCCCAUGGACUUGGUUACAUUAUAUAUUGGGCUGUCACCAGUCAGAUUUCAGAGAUGAUGAAAUGGGGUAAAGCUGAGAUAUCGAAUGUGGCAGGCGAGGUAUCGUUGUUGGCUGGGCUGGGCCUGUGGGCAACGACAUUCCCAUGUAUAAGGCGAAAAAUAUUUGAGCUCUUUUUCUACACUCAUCAACUCUACAUUCUCUUCAUUGCUUUCUUUCUUCUUCAUGUUCCCAUUUCUUUCACCUGCAUUAUGCUCCCUGGAUUUUACCUUUUCUUGGUUGAUCGUUACCUGAGAUUCUUGCAAUCACGUCGAAGAGUUCGGGUAGUUUCAGCUCGGGUUUUGCCUUGCCAAACUUUAGAACUCAACUUCCCCAAAAGCCCAAGUUUGAGCUAUAAUCCAACAAGCAUUCUGUUUAUAAAUGUGCCUAGAAUUUCUAAGCUGCAAUGGCAUCCUUUUACUAUCAAUUCUAACAGCAACUUGGAACCAGAAGAGUUGAGUGUGGUGAUCAAAGGUGAAGGAAGUUGGUCUCAGAAACUCUAUCAAAUUCUUUCAUCGUCUAAUUCCUCCAUUGAUCACCUACAAGUUUCUGUUGAAGGACCUUAUGGACCUGCUUCAACUCAGUUUCUAAGGCACGACAGUCUUGUGAUGGUGAGUGGAGGCAGUGGGAUUACUCCUUUGAUAUCUAUAAUAAGGGAAGUACUCUUUGCAAGCACAACGGACAAAUGCAAGACUCCCCAAAUAACCCUAAUAUGCUCAUUCAAGAACUCUUUAGACCUCACCAUGUUAGACCUCCUACUUCCAAUAUCUGGUACUCCAUCUGCAUUUUCCAAUCUGCAGCUAAAAAUUGAAGCUUAUGUUACAAGAGAGAAAGAACCCACAAUCAAUAACUGGAAUCUGAUUCGAACUAUACGUUCCAAGCCAAAUUCAUUAAUAGGUGAACCUGUUUCUGCUGUUUUAGGCGGCAAAAGCUGGCUUUGGCUUGGAGCAAUAAUAUCAUCCUCUUUUAUCAUUUUUCUCAUCAUAAUUGGCCUGAUUACUCGCUAUUACAUUUAUCCAAUUGAUCACAACACCAAUGAAGUAUUCUCUUACUCUUUCCGAUCAUCUCUAAAUAUGUUAGUGAUAUGCAUAGGCAUAGCCAUGACAGCAAGUGCAGCUGUUUUAUGGAACAAGAGACUAAAUGCAAGAGAAGGAAACCGGAUUCAAAGCAAUCUAGGGCCAACACCAACUUUUUCACCUCAUAAUGGUGAGAGAGAAUUGGAAAGUCUUCCUCAUGAGUCUCUUCUACAGGCUAUUGAUGUGCACUACGGUGAAAGACCUGAUCUAAAGAGAAUUCUAUUUGAGUGCAAAAGCUCAAGUGUGGGAGUUCUUGUUUGUGGUCCGAAGAAGAUGAGACAUGAGGUUGCAACUAUAUGUUCAUCUAGAUCGGCAGAUAAUCUGCACUUUGAGUCCAUCAGCUUUAGCUGGUGAUCAGCUCAUCGUUGGAUGCUUGGCGUGUGCAAGAAAAAAUGCGAGGAAAAGACGAAUAUUUUUCCGUGACGGCUGUCUGCUAUCUGGGUUUUCGUUGGUUGUUAUAGCUGUCUACGCCUUUUAGCUUAGUUUUAGCGUUCUUUGUGGAUCGGAUGGGUUUAACGCUACCCAAUAUAAAUUUGUCUCCUGGGCUGGGCUGGGCUGGGCUCUAUGAAAUUGACCCAGAGAAGUAGAGUUUAGAAACUAAAAGAUUAUAAUUAUUAAUUAGUUAAUUAAUAUCAAUUAAAAUUACUCGGUUUAGUAGACAAAAA